UUGAAAAGAAAAAAAUGUCCAGUGUCGUUGCGAAAAAGGAAGAAGAAAAACCCCUCGACUGUUCGACAAGAGAUGCGAUUGCUGAUGGAUUAGUUGAUUUGCUGAAGCCAUCGGUUGAAGAAAUUGAUGGCCGUGUGAAAACUGUCAGAGAGAGCCAGAUUGAACUAAGACAGCAGAUUGAUCUGGUAGCUGAAGAUUUAAAGAAAAUAGCUGAGCUUCAAGGAAUUCCAAUAGAUCUUGAACCUUAUGUGAAAAAACUCAACAAUUCCAGAAGAAGGGUUAUGCUAGUGAAUAAUAUAUUACAGAAUGCUCAGGAUCGUCUUAACAAACUCUAUUCCAAUGUUUCUAAAGAGACAGCAAAACAGAAAGCAUUAGUUGAUCCGCAGACAAAAUGACCACAGAAGUGAUGCAGACAAUGAUGAAAUUAUAUGGGCUGUCAGUAGUUAUAAUUGAACUCUUGACAUAAUUGUAUGCAUGUCAUAUUCAAGAUUAAGAUAUGUCCGAGAAGACUUAAGGGGAGAUAAUUUGAUAAACUAUAUACUAAGGUUUAAUUUUGCAACCUGCAUUAAAAAGAUAAUUGCCCACGGUCAUUCAUUAGCAGCGACUUGCUUUAAAGAGGAGCACACAUAUACAGUUUUUACUGGCAUUAUUUAAAUGACUAUAUAUCUGUCUGUAAAUUUUAGUUCAUCAUAAAUUAUGUCAUUGUUCUAUAUAGCUUAGGUUGGAACUCCCCCUGGCAAAGUUGAAUCAGACAUUUUAUGCUGUUUCAUGUCAUUUUGAUUUUAAAUUUUUCUGACCAAAUGAAGAUUAAUCCAGAAACAUAUGGUUAGGAAUUAUACUUUUACGUUAUGUUAUGUGAAUACUAAUGAUAGUGCUUGGAAUAAUCUGUUUAAGGAUUUAUGAUAGAAAGUAAUUAUGUUUAAAUUGAAAAUACUCAUAUUUUUAAUUUUGAAAAUUGCAUGUUGGAAGACAUUUAUCAUCUUAAGUAAGAACAUAUAUAGUUGAUUGAUUAAAGGUGACCUCAAAAUGUCUUAAUAACCAUAAUGCCCUGUGAUAUAAAAAUGCAGAAUUUAAGAUGAAAUAAUAACAGUCUGACAUUCUUGAAAUUUUAUAAGAUGAUGUAUGCUUUCAUUGACAUAUUUUUAGCUUUUUUCAUUUUAUCAUGAUACUCACUUUAACUCUAAGAACAGGUUUUUGGCACUGAAUUCAUCUUAUUUCAAAUCGGGCCACCAAACAGUGAGAAAAUCCAGAUUAUUUAAUGAAAUAUUUUCCAAGGUAUUUCAACCUUUUACUUCCUUUGUUUACUUUAUUGUUAUUGAUUUAUUGUUAAUUUAUUGUAUUUUUUUUGCGACUAUGUGGAGUCUACUUUCUUAUGUAUAUAUAUCAAUAUUAUAUUGUAUGAUUUUCUAAUAACAUGUGCAAUAAAAAAUAAAACAAGAGUGCACACCCUGAAA